AUGGAGCUCAACGAGAUCGAGGAGCUGCCGAAAAAGCUCCUUCGGGAGGAGGCGGGCCGCGCUUUUCGCCUUCAAGCAUCGGUUUUGAUGGACGUGUGGCUUUGCAUAAAGCGAGCCAUCAAUGCUGCCGAGAAGGCAAAGAAGGCCUAUGAGGACGGUAGGGCCAGGGCUGCCGAACGGCAGGUCAGGGUUUAUGAGUCUAAGUUCGCGGAUCUGUUGUCAGCCCUGGAGUCGGCACGGCUAUCGGCAAAAGAGGCUCUGGAGGCGAAGGAGGCCGUCGAGGUGGCUUUGGAGGAGUCGGAGCGGGCCAAGGCUUCGGAGAUUGAGGCUGCUGUCCAGGAGGCUAUUCGGAAGUACCGCUACUCUCCCGAUUUCUCUCCCUUGCUUGACAAGGAGGUGGGCUCGGAGAUGGUGGAUCUCAUCUACCGUUUCAAGCGGUACAAUCCUGGGACGAAGCUUAAUUUGAACUUCAUUGCCGAUCCUCCUCCCCUUCCCAAAGGCGUCACAGAAGAAAUGAUAGAGGAGUAUGAAGGGGAGGACGCUCCGGGAGAGCUUGACGCCACUGGUGCCGAAGAGGCGGAUGCCGAGGAGGCUACUUGA